UAAAACGAGACCUGGAUAUAUACAACAGCUGAAUAUUAACUCAUAUUUUAAUAUUGUCCAACAGAAAAUUUAAAAUAGUAUAAUAAUAAAUCAGUUUUGACAGACCUGCUUCUCAUCUUACCUUGCAAAUACACUGCCAUUUAAAAAAAUUAAAACACAAAACGUAAUUAGUUGCUUGAUAAUCCGUAUUUUUAAAAUAAUACGUAACAAAAUGUCAAUAAUUGACUGGCUGCUGAGAGGAAGCACUAACUUGGCUAUUUAAAAUAUGAGGUUAACAUAGUAUUUUUGAAUUUUUGCAGAUGUUUCUGAAUAAGAGAGCCUUAGUCCUGGCAGUCAGAGUGAAAAAUUUAACCCCAGCCCAGCUGCAGUUCUCCAGAUGUUAGCAGGUUUGAUUUUCUUGCAUGACUUCUAUUCUGUGUGGAACAAAAUACACAGUUUACCCAUAUUGUUGAUGGGCUAUUGAGUCCUGCUAUAUACAUUUUCUUAUUGUGGAAUUUUCUGUGAAGAAGAAUUUCCUCUUUGCCUUCAUUUUUGAUUUAUUUGCUUCCCUCCCAUACAUUUCUCCAAACCACCCUCAUUUCAGAAAAAAAAAAAUUCUUAAGUUAAUUACAGAAAUGUAAAAGUGUGAAGUAUUUAUAAAGGAUUAGGAGUUUAUUAUGAAGAUAAUCCUGCGGAAAUUUACUUUAAAGUGCCGUACAUUGCUGUUCCGUUGUUUUUUUCUGUUAUAUCUCCGCAGACCGCUGUUCUAAAAUAUCCACCUUUCAUGCUAAAGUAAACAGGUUUAUGACCUGGUACAAAACAAAUGUUUUGGUCUCUAUAGCUGUCACUCUGUAUGACAGAGAAGUGCUGUGGCAGCUACCCAAUGCUCCGCUUACAUGUCAGUCUUGCGUCUGGAAAUCCAAGAUGGCAGCAGCCAAAGGACAAACUCAAGACUUCAAAACAGCAGUCCACAAGCUAGUGGCUGAUGUCACAUGACUUGUAUCGGACUCCCUUAUGCAUUUUGUGACAGUGAUAGAGGUCAAACCUAUAUAGUAAUUUGUUUUACAGAUCCUGUUGUGCUGUUUUUUAAAAUCAUUUUGACUCUGACACUUAUUCAGAUACAUAUUUUAUGCCAGAUAUGGGAACGAUCUUGCCACCGGUUGCUGGUGUUUCUCUGCCAUUAUGCUGCAGCUGGCAAGUAAAACUACAAUGGCAGUCGUGUUCAGCUGACAGACAUCAAUCUCCAUCAAAGCAGCUGUGAAUAAUGGAAGGACAGCGCUGCUGUAAACUGCACCUCUAGAUGCCACCACUGGACCGAACACUGUGUGUAGAAACAUUGAAUAUUUAAUGAAUGCAGUGCCCUGCGAAUGAAUUCCUGCCCCGUCAAGUUGUUUACAUCAUAUCACGUUAAAACAAACAAACAAACAAACAAACAAACAAAAAAAUCAAUGUCAGUAAGCAGUACAUGACUAUUAGUUGGAGGAAAAUUGAUCCAGGGAUUUCAGAAAUGUUUUCCAUAUACUAAUCUGAAAAAUGUUGUGUAUAAAUAUUUAUUAACUCUUUGCUGCUCCAAUCAUUUAAAUUCAGUUUAUUUCAAUUCAAAAUGUUCACAACUAAUGUUAUCUUGAGGCACUUUACAAAAAAAUGAUUUCAAUUUAAUUACACAAACAUUACAUUUGAUCCUGAUUAUUGAACAGCUCAUUUAAUUAUUCAAAGUUGUUUAAAAAGUUUAUAUCUAAGGAAACCAAGCAGAUUGCAUCACCUCAAUGCAAUUCAAAAACACUUUAUUGAUCCCAAAGGGAAAUUAAAUGUUGUUGCAGCUCAGAGUUAUUUUAGAUGGUAAUGACAAGUCAUUGACUUGCAGCCUUCAGUCCUUCUGGGUGAGCAUAUAACGACGUAGACAAAAAGUCUAGACCUGGAUUCAGAUAAUCAUGUUGAGUCGAAAAACAAUGUUCAAAGAUGCUCCCCAUCCAACAAAAAAUUAAGCGCAUAGAUGUGCAAAACUGCUAUGGACAUAAUCCAAAAGGAUAGAAGAUCAGAUUGUAGCAAAAAUUGUUUUAACAAAAUAUUUACUCUGAGAAUUAAAUAUCUCAAACAAAGUAUCUCUAUACUCACAGCUUUACAAAUAAUAUAUCAUAUUAAAUCUUAUUUUGGGAAAAGAAAAUGUUCAAGUUUGUGCCCAGAAUAAAACGACUAUGUUCUCUUUCAUUAUAGCCACUUUGUGUACAGAGUUACUGCUAAGGCUUCAUAGAUACCUUGGCCUGGUUUUGCCUUAAUAAUGGAUUUUUUCUUCCAUUAUUGGGAAUUACAAUUAAAUUAAUGCUUCAGUCCUUAAUGACAUACAGUAUUUAAUAAUUGUUGCAAUGAUUUUAAAUUUAGACUCUAAAUGCAGCAACAUUUAAUUUUGAGAGCUAAGCUGCUUUUUUGCUAUAUACAUAAAUCACUUUGUCAUCUUUACCAUAUAGAGUUUGAUCUGCAUCUAAUUUUUGUGUGUUGAAUGAAAGAUAGAGAUGAUCACAUCUGAUCAAGGCUAAUAAAAAAAAUACCUUUUAAGCAGUUAACCCACAUAUAGAAAAAGAUCUUGUCUCAUUUCCUCACCAUCUGUAGACCCAUUCUUCCAGAGGGCGGGCCUCGUACUGUCACUCAUGUCAGUCCGGCGUCCUGAUUGGUCUCUCUCCUGCGAGGGGCCAGUGAGCGGUGCGAUGCAGCCACAUGGAGCCAGCCUGAUGCAUCUGUGUCCGUUAGUCUGUUCCAUCCUCCGGAGGAGUCAACCCGGAGAGUGUGGAACACUUUGGCGCAUCAUCAGCAUCUAUAUGCUGGAACUUUCUUUUUUAAACUGAGCAGAGAGAAAUUAUACUCCAGAAUAUAUUUUUCAUCACUGUUCUUUCUAUUCAUGCGUCUUUCAUGUCCCCAAGAAACUUGGGAAAUAGGACCAGUUUGAUCCAUGCGUAAAAGUCCUUGUUGGGUGAUUUAUCCAGAGGACUGUUGGAUUCCGUCCUGCGCUCUAGAUGGAGGUUUCUUAUCCUUCAUGACAGUGGAUCUAGGUCUUUUUGAGCCUUUAAAAGGAAUAAUUUAAUAAACUUAGCUGAAAAAGACUUGUGCUUCAUCUAGAAAGAUAAUUCCUAUUUUGCGCUGUUUUAAAGUGGAUCUAUGUGAGAGAAGUGCCCGUUUUUGUGGCUCCCGUGGACAUUUUGCUGUCUUUUGUAAGUAAAACUGUUUUAAUGGAAACAUGAACAAAGGUGCAAGAGAAGCGGUUCUCCUGAACACCUUCCACCUGCUGCUGCUCCUGCUGCUGGUUUAUGCUCCACCGGUGAGUCUCUCCGCGCAGCGCAGGCAUCCAGCGCGGUACUUUGGCCACAUCGCUGAGAACUCCCCGGCUGGAUCGCCCGUUGAUGGGGUCGCAAUCCCGCUAGAAGCCGGAGUCUGCUCCGGUGCAAAUCUUGACGGCAGCCUGUACGGGAAUUAUCCCUCUGAUUUCCGGAUCGUUUACGACUCUGAGCGUCGGGACCGUUUGAUUCUGGUGUCCGCCAAACCGCUGGACCGAGAGUUUAUAGCGAUGUACGAGUUGACGGUGGAACUCCCGCCCAUGUGCCAGACGAGACCGGCGGUCGUCCAGGUUGAAGUGUCCGACAGGAAUGAUAACAUCCCCCAGUUCCUCAGCGGGAAUAAAACGGUGGAAGCGGAUGAGCUGGCGCCGCUUGGAACCGUCUUGGCUCGCUUUGACGCAAAAGACGGCGACGCGGAGAGAAAUGGACUCACAACUUUUUACGCAUCGCCACAGUCCCGUUUGCUUCACGUGGUGCCACAAACCGGCCAGGUGAGGCUCGUAGGGUCGCUGUUGGGGGUCAAGCAGCUCACCCUGCGGCUUUACGUGAAGGACGGCGGGGACGUGGAGCUGAUCGGUGACCCGGUGUUCCUUCGCGUCGACGUUCGCGGCUCCAGCAGAGCGCGGCGCAGACCCCGUGCUCUGUCCGAGGAUCUGAGCUACACAGUGACCGUACCGGACCACAUCAGAGUGGGUGAUCUGGUGUUCACUGUGCCGGACCAGAGGUUCGACCAGCGGGGGUUCGAGGUGAUAUCCGAGGCCGACUCACCCGUACAGAUCGAAAGGGACUCGGGGCGCUUGUACCUUGCGCGCAGUCUGCGGGAGCCUGCGGAGGUGGUGGUGAAGAUCCAGAAUCUGCGAGGUGAUGACUGGUAUUUGUGCAGGCUGACUCUGAGCAUGCCCAGUCAGGCUGACCUGCAGUGGGGGAUGUUUCCGUCGCCUUACCUGGGCGCCGUGGGUCCUGAUGCCACAUCUGGCUCUGUGGUCUACCGGCUGUCAGCGAGACAACGAGACGGCGCGCUGGGACAAGCUCAGUUCCUCCUACUAGACGGUGGUGAGGAGUGCUUUGAAGUGGGCCGUCGCUCUGGGCUGAUUAGGACCACUGGACGACCUCUGACCCCAAGCAGGGAGUACCAUCUGCGGGUCCAGGCAGUGGACGGACGAGGCCGUAAAGGCCCACCGGCCACUGUUUCCAUCCUUGCUGGAUACCGACCGCCACAAUUCACCAACUCCACCUACAGCCUGAACGUGCUGGAAAACACACCUGUUGGCCAACCUGUUGCUGUGGUUCAGGCCGUCUCCUUCCAGAAGAAGAGUCUGUCCUACAUGUUACUAAUUAACCCCGGAAACCUGUUCAGCAUCAACCAGGAAAGCGGCGCUCUGAGCCUCACCAGAUCGGUCGACUACGAGAGCGGUCACAACCUGCACACCCUGCAGGUCCGAGCCUCCGAAAGUGACACCGGCCUCAGCGGCGUUGCAGAGGUCGUUGUCCACAUAACGGAUGAGAAUGAUUGCACACCAGAGUUUCUUCACUCCAUCUACACCAGAGAUAACAUACCUGAAAGCGUCGCACCUGGAACCUCACUACUGCAAGUUCUGGCUCGUGACUUUGAUUCCGGGGUGAACUCCGAGAUCUCCUACUUCAUCCCGAGUGGCGAUUUUGACAUCACAUCCGGGGGUGUGGUCAGCCCUGCCCGUCGCCUGGACUAUGAGCGACCCAAUCACAUCUACGAGUUUGUAGUUGUCGCAGUGGACGCAGGGACGCCUCCUCGAACUGGGACUGCCUCUGUUCGUGUCCGUGUGGCUAACACCAACGAUGAGGUGCCGGUCUUCUCCCAAAGCGUCUAUAAGACCUUCCUCAGUGAGGACGCUGGUCCCGACACGCUGGUCGCCAUUGUUCACGCCAAUGACCCUGAUGGGGACGGCGUCUCUUAUGCCAUCACAGGUGGCAAUGAGGACAGCAACUUCCAGCUAGACAACCAAAAAGGCAUCAUCAAGCUGCGACGGAGCCCACCCCCCAGGCUCAGGGGCCCGCAGUACGUCCUCAACAUCACCGCCACAGAUGACAAUGCUUCCGGCGGUCCCUAUCCACUCAGCAGCGCCGCACAGGUCAUCGUUGGGAUCAAUGACAUCAACAACAACAAGCCUGUGUUUGAUGAGUGUCAGAAUUACAAUGCAGCGGUUCUGGAGAACCAGCCGCCAGGGACGUUCGUGCUGCGCGUGGAGGCUCAUGACGCAGACAUGGGGGUCAACGGAGAGGUCAACUACGGCAUCAUGCACAGAGACGGCGUGUCGUCCGGGUUUGAUAUUGAUCCUCACACUGGUGUGAUCACCACAGCAGUGAGAUUUGACAGGGAGCGUCAGAGGGAAUUCACUCUUUCUGUGACGGCCACCGAUCAGGCUGAGGAGCCACUGAUUGGCAUCUGUCAGAUCACGGUGCUGAUCCUAGAUCAGAACGACAACGACCCCAAGUUUGAAAACAGCCGCUACCAGUACUUCCUAAGAGAGGACACUCCAGUUGGAACUAGUUUUUUACGGGCGGCGGCACACGACGACGAUCAGGGGAGCAACUCGGCCAUCACCUACUCACUGUCCAACCAGAAACCAGCUUACCUGCACAUCAACCCCAACACAGGCUGGAUUUAUGUCAAUUACCCAAUCUCACAGACGUCCCGGAUCAACCAGCAGAUCUUGGCCUCAGACGGAGGAAACCGCAGCAGCUCUGUGGAGCUGACCGUCAUCAUCACCAACGUUCACAACCAGCCGCCCCACUGGGAUCAGCCCGAAUACUGGGUCACUGUUCCGGAAAAUACUGUCCGAGAUGCUAAGAUAGUGACCGUCAAGGCAACGUCUCCACUUGGCGAUCCCAGGGUGACCUACAAUCUGGAGGAAGGCCUGGUGCCAGAGACCAACAUGCCGGUGCGGUUUUACAUCAAACCAAACCGGGUGGACAGCUCGGCGUCGAUCCUGGUGGCCGAGAACCUCGACUACGAGAUGACACGCUUCUUCACGCUGAGAGUGCGUGUGCAAAACGUCGCUGCCGUGCCUCUCGCAUCCUUCUCCACUGUUUACAUCAAUGUGACAGAUGUCAACGACAACGUUCCUUUCUUCCUGUCAUCCACCUACGAGGCCACGGUGCCUGAAGGAGCACAGAUUGGCACAUCGGUUGCUCAGGUCUCAGCGACAGACCUCGACUCGGGUCUGCAUGGGAUGAUCCACUACACGAUCCUGAAGGAUGAGAGCGGAGACUCUCAGUACUUCAGCAUCGACUCCCGCAGCGGCGUCGUAGUAACUCGUGCUUCUUUUGACCGUGAGCAGAAAGCUUCUUACCUGAUCGAGGUGCAGUCGCAGGAUGGCUCCGAGUCAGCCCGACCGGGCCAGCAAGGCCAGCCAAACACAGACACCGCCUACGUCAGGAUCUUUGUCACCGAUGUCAACGACAACGCUCCGGCGUUUGCCCAGCCUGUGUACGAGGUCAGUGUGGAGGAAGACAAGGAGGUGGGCUACGUCCUCAUCACUGUCACAGCCAACGACGAGGAUGAAGGCGCCAAUGCUAAGCUGCGCUACCAGAUCACUUCAGGAAACGCCAUGGGGACCUUCGACGUGGAGCCAGAGGUGGGCACCAUCUUUGUAGCUCAGCCGCUCGACUACGAGAUGGAGCAGCGCUACGAGCUGCGGCUGGUCGCUUCUGAUGGGAAAUGGGAGAACGAGACCCUGGUGGUGGUUCAGGUGGUCAACCGCAACGACGAGGCGCCGGUGUUCAGUCAGACAGAGUAUCACGCUUCUGUGAUGGAGGAGCUUACGCAGCUUCCUGUGUUCAUCCUAGAGGUGUCAGCAACAGAUCCCGAUCAGGAAGCGGACCAGACUGCCCUCCGCUACUCCCUCCAUGGCCAGGGUGCCGGUGGCGAGUUCACUAUCGACGAACACACUGGAAGGAUCUAUGCCCAGCGCCGCUUGGACCGGGAGGAGCGCCCCGCCUGGAGAUUUCUUGUCCUUGCCACAGACGAGGGCGGAAUGGGGCUUACAGGAUUCGCUGAUGUGCUGUUAGAAGUCCGAGACAUUAACGAUAACUCCCCCUUCUUUCCAUGCUCCGCCCUAGAGGUAGACGGAUGUUUCAUUGGCCAAGUGCCUGAAAACUCACCCGCCGACACCUCCAUCAUGGAGAUGCAUGCCAUGGACCUUGACGACCCAAACGAAGGCAGGAAUGCCAUGCUUACCUACAGCAUCAUCAAGAACAUUCGCAAUGAGAUCAACCUCAACUUGUUCUCCAUAAAUGCCACUACUGGGACUAUCUACACAGUUCUCCGCUCACUGGACCGGGAGGCAGAAGACAAAUAUCUGGUUGUGGUGGAGGCCCGGGAUGGCGGUGGUUUGUCUGGGACGGGAACAGCCACUAUUAUGGUUUCAGAUGUAAAUGACCACCCACCUAUUUUUACUCAGAGGGCUUACACCACUCAGAUGAAUGAGGAUAUGGAGGUAAACAGCGAGGUCCUUGUGGUCUCUGCCACGGAUGGAGAUGAGGGUGAGAAUGCUGUUGUCACCUUCAGCAUCGUUGGCGGAGACGAGGAAAGGAAGUUCUUUGUUGAGAUGGACAAAGUAAACCGACGUGGCGUGAUAAAGCUGAAGAAGAAGGUUGACUUUGAGAAACUCCAUGAGCGGACCUUUAAUCUCACUCUGAAGGCUGAAGAUGCUGACUUUUUCAGCCUGGCCUACUGUCUCGUCCAAGUAGAAGACUCCAACGACCACGCUCCAGUCUUUUUCCCACAGUUCUAUGAGUCGGCUGCCAUGUCUGAAGAUGUCCCAGUGGGAACGAUUGUCGCUCAGGUUACAGCAUCUGAUUUAGACUCUGGCCUAAAUGGACGCUUCUCCUACAGUAUUUUGAAGGAGUCCGACCCUUACGGUCAGUUCCUGGUGGAUCAGUCCGGUUGGGUGGUAGUCGCUCAUUCUCUGGACAGAGAAAAAAUUUCCCAGCACAGGAUCAUGGUUCUUGCAACAGAUGCUGGUAUCCCACCGCUAACUGGCACCGCUAUCGUUAUGGUAACUGUUCUCGACAUUAACGACAAUGGGCCAGAAUUUGAAGCUGCCUAUAAGCCUGUUGUUUGGGAGAACACUGCUGCUCCGCAGGCGGUGCGAAUGAAUGAAACGUCCAUGCUUCUUCACGCCGUCGACCGAGACACGUCCGCCAACGGUGGUCCAUUCUCCAUCCGACUCCUGCUUCUAACCUCUGAUGCCACAAACUUUAACCUGACAGACUUUCGGAACGGCAGCGCAGCCAUCACUGCUCUUCGCAGCUUUGAUCGCGAGCGUCAAAAGGAGUACCGCCUUCCCAUUCUCAUGAUUGACAGCGGUUCUCCUCCAGUGAGCUCAACCAGCACGUUGACAGUUGUCAUCGGGGAUAGAAAUGACCAUCCACACUUACCUGGACACGCCCAUAUUGUUGUCUACAGUUUUGAAGGGAUUCUCCCAACAGCAGCUCUUGGACAAAUUCAGUCCCCUGACCUCGAUGACUGGAGUGAGAAGGUGUACCGCUUCGAUGACAAACCAACCAGGUUGUUCGGUCUGAAUCAGAGCUCAGGUCAGCUCAGCAUCAGGGAGGGAACUCCUCCAGGCACGUACCGCCUGCAGGUACGUGUGUCCGACAGCACAUGGCCUGAUGUCAUCUCCACCGCUCAGGUGGAUGUCACAGAGCUGCACAAGGAGGCCCUGCAGCAAGCUGGCUCCGUGCGCCUAAACAAUCUUACAGUGGAGGGUUUUUUCCAGAGUAGCAGCGGAGGUCAGGGGAGUCGGUUUUCCCGUUUGGGGCGAAUGUUGGCUGAAAUCCUGCAGACGUUGCCAGAGAACGUCCAGAUAUUCUCUGUAGGCAAAGCCGACCAGCUGAGUUAUAGAGCGCUGGACGUCUGGUUUGCUGCACACGGCUCACCGUACUACAAGGCGGAGAAGCUUCAUGGAUACAUGGCGGCAAACAAAGCCAAGCUGGAGGCUAUGUUGGGCGUGUCCAUCAGCCAGGUGGGCGUGGAUGACUGUCCGUACACAGACUGCAGUCAGUAUGGAGGCUGCAGCAGCGAGGUUUCAUUCAGCCAGGUCCCGGUGGCUCUGAGCUCCGGUAACGUCUCUCUGGUUUCGCUGUCGGCCUCGACGACCGCGCGCUGUGGCUGCCGAGGGCGAGAGGCGACCCACCUGACAUGCUCUGCCUAUCCCAUCAACCCCUGUCUCAACGGAGGCAUCUGCCAGGAUGGCCCUCUGGGAUACCGAUGCAAAUGUCCCCCCAUGUUUGACGGGCCGGAGUGCCAGCAGACUAAACACAGCUUCGGAGGUCAGGGUUACGCCUGGUUUCCUCCCAUCAAGCCUUGCUUCCAGAGCCAAAUAUCCCUGGAGUUCCUCUCCGAGUCGGCCAACGGGCUGCUGCUCUAUAACGGGCCGCUUGGCCUCGUCCAGCCUGGGGAGCCGGAGGACUUCAUCGCCGUCGAGUUAAGGAAUGGAGUUCCAGUUCUGAGCAUAAACCACGGAUCAGGAACGCUGACCCUUCAGCUCCCACCCAAAGCUACGAUCAACGACCGGCGCUGGCAUCGCCUGGACAUAAUCAGCGAUGGGAAGCUUGUCCAGCUGAUCCUAGACCAGUGUGGUGGGGUUCCUGUGAACGAGAUGGAAGGUGUGGGAGGGGAGACCCGAGAGAUCGAUGAGUCCGACUGCAGAGCUGCAGGAGAAACGCCCGGGACCCAGCGGUAUUUAAAUGUCUACCAGCCUCUUCAGUUGGGAGGAGUGAAGGAAAUGUCCCCCUACCGCCGUUACCGAAGUUUUACUGGAUGCAUCCGAAACCUGGUGGUGGACAGCCAGGUGUACGACCUGGCGAGUCCAGGUGAGAGCGUCGACAGUGCGCCAGGAUGCAAGCUGACAGACGGCGUGUGUGUGACGGCGGCCGGUCCUUCGUGUGGCGUUCACGCCUCCUGCCUCGCCGACUGGGGCUCCUUCAGCUGCGAGUGUCGUCCAGGAUACAACGGACACAAGUGUGAAAGAGCUGUGCAGGAGUUCUCCUUCGACUCGGACAGCGUGAUGUGUUUUCAGCUCAGAGGAGGCGGCAGCUCCCGACGCACCAACAUCCAGAUGCUCCUCCGGACCAGAGCCACCUCGGGGACCCUGCUCUCCGUGGCGUCCCGGGACUCCAACGAGUACAUCAUUCUGGAGAUCAGUGACGGUCACAUCUCAGUGCGUGCCAACCUGGGAGACGGCGCUCACUCUCUCCAGCUCCCCGGUCACAGAGUGGACGUCGGACUGUGGGUCCUGGUCAGCCUCGGUCGCCACGACAACAGGUUUACCCUGCGACUGGAGCAGGGAGGGGGCUCCCGGGAGGUUCAGGCGCAGCUGGGGAGCCGCAGGGAGAUUGUGGUUCAUCCGGCCAGCUUGAUGGUUGGCAACAGACCGAACGCUGGAGACAAGGCUGACUUCCAGGGCUGCCUGCGGGACGUCCGUUUUAACGGCCACAUCCUCCCUCUGGACGGCCAGAGCCGGGACCUGGUGACGCUGCUGGAGCGGCGGGGGGUCACCUCGGGUUGCUCCAGCGACGCAUGCAGAAGCCAGCCCUGUCGCAGCCCGCUGCGCUGCAUCGACCUGUGGAGAAAACACCAGUGCAAGUGUCCGGGCCCUCAGGUGACCGUCACCGAUGAGUCCGGUCUCCAGCGCUGCGUACCGUCGCCCUGCGGCCCGUCCUCCUGUCGUAAUGGCGGCACAUGCCAUCCCCUGUCAGCUGACAGCUACCAGUGCCGCUGUCAGGAGGGAUUUAGGGGUCAACAUUGUGAACUGGGGCAGGUCAAAGGUCAGCGGAUGACUGCUCUCAGCCCCAGCUCCAUCCUCGCCAUCAGCAUGUGCCUGCUUGUCUUUAUUGUGGUGUUGGUGGCAGUGACUGUUUGGAAUCAGAAAGGCAGCCGAAACAAGUUCAGGAAGCGAGGAGUUUACCACAUCCCUGCUGAACACCAGAGCUGGGAAGACAUCCGAGAAAACAUCCUGAACUACAACGAGGAAGGAGGAGGAGAGCAGGACCAGAAUGCAUAUGACAUCACGGAGCUGAAGCGUCCUCUGUGCUCCAGCUUGUCCCAGUCGUCCUCCUGCACCACCGCCCCGCUCAUCAAGUCCUCCCCUGGCUCCCAGGAGGAGGUACAUCCGUCCGGCUCCUCCUGCAGCUCCGGCGCCCCCUACCUCAGCAUCCCGCACCACCACCACCAUCACCACCACCACCAUCAGCACGCAGCCGGCGCCGGCUACAGCAGCGACGCCACCUACGCCAACUAUUCCUCCCACGCGGGCAGGGACACAGAGAUGAGUGACACGGGCAGCUGCGUCGAUGCUCCGCCCGCGGCGCGCUCGCAUGUGGACUUCAAAAGCUACGUGGAGCGAAUCAUCUGGGAGGCGGACAACGACAGCGGUGCGUUUCCAGCCGACACCUACCACGUCUGGUGCGUGGAGGGCUCCGGGUCCUCAGCAGGAAGCCUCAGCUCUCUGGGGUCGGCCGUUUCCUGCAGAAGAAUGGCUGCCGGGGACAAAAAGAAGGAGGCAGAGGAGGAGGAGGAGGAUGAAGGGGGUUUUGUGUGUGACAGGCUGUCACGGUGGGGGCCGAAGUUUCAGGCUCUGAGUGAGAUGUAUGACCGGCCACAGCUGGGCCUCACGUACAGGGACGCGAUAGCCUACAUACAGAGGAGCCACAGCCAUGACCCGCUGCCUCAGCACCACUAGGGGGAGCCACUCAACCACGACCACACAGUCCUAUUUUGCUUAUCGGGUCUGGAAGUGCUGCAUUCACACAGCCUCAGAAAACAAACAAGAAAUUUUCAGGUUAUAUUCACUAUUAUGGUCCUGUCAGGAAUAUUUACUCAGGGCAAUAUGGCUUCAAAAUAAAAUCCUUUUUUUCAUACCAGAUCGCAUUUUCAAUUUUCAUUUUUUUCUCACUUUGUUUCUAAGAAAAAAUAAUGAUUCACAAAAGUGGCUUUUAUUUCAAUCAUCUUUUCUGUGGGUUGUAAUACAGAGUAUUAGAACCAGCUGAAGAUCAUUUUUUGUUGAAUUAUGAGAAUAUAGUUGUAAUAUUGGCAGAAAAAAACUAUUUUAGUAGACAUAACAUCUUAAAGUUGCAAGAAAAAAGUAAUUUUAGUGAGAAAAAAAACCCUUGAUAAUUAUGGAGAUCUGACGUGGCGACCUCAGUCAUUGUGGUUCUCUCUUCGAAAUACUCGGUUGUGUGAACAAUCAUUUAAAAAGUCCUGCUACUGAUAAUAAUUUGAGGCUGAUAUGUAAAAGAUUAAUUGUUUUUAUUAAGUGAAACUGAUACAAAAGUAUGAUUUCACAAGAUGAUUAACAUUCCUUCUGACUUUAUUCUUGUAAUGAAGUCAUUAAAAAAAUUGUGGCCUGACCCUAAUAUUCUGACAUAGAGUUGACCUGAGUUCAAAGUUCAGAUAAAUAGAUGCUGUAAAACACGCUUAUCAGGCCAAAUGGCUGCUGUGUGUGCGCACUGACAUCACUAUGAACUAUAAAAACUGAAGAAGUGGUAAAAAAAAAACACAUUUUCCAAAAAUAAAAUCUUCAUAAACCAAAAAUUUGAUUAAUGAUCCAGCUGUAAAUUAUGGUAUUUUCAGUCCCCAAAUCUUUCAAAUUUAAGUCCAGACAUAAACAGGAAAGUUUAGCUUAUUUCUGCUUCUUGGUUGGUCAUUUUAAGAAAAGAAGGUAUAAAACCAAAGAAACUCUAGUUUAUGAGUAAUCAAACAGAUACAACAGAGCUCAUUUUAAAAGGGUUAAAAGAUUAUAAAUACCAAAUAUUGAUUCUGUUACAACUAAAAUGUCUAGAAAUAACAGACUUUGCUUUAAUGUGUUCAUAUUGGAGGGUUUUCUUUUUAGUGUUAUUUGUGUAUUUUAGUUGAGUUUGAAUUAUCUUCUGCAAAAGGACUCAUCUGAUGUUUUGCACUCAUCUUAUAGUUUUAUUCCCACAGUUCUUAGGUUUUUGCUGCUGGAUGUUUACUUCUCUCUUUUUCUUGUCAGAAACGUUUCCAUUUCCUGCUAACUAGCUAGGCUAGCUUAAUGAGCAGAACAGCUUGAGAAAUUUGACUGAUAUCAGAAAUAACAAUUAACAUUUGUUUUAUUUUAUAAUAAUGAUUGGGAAACAAAUUAUAAUCAAAUUAUAUAUACAGUAUAUAUAUUUUUUUGCUUUUUCCUUUCAACUUUCAGAAUCCCCCAUAGCGCCCCCUGGUGGCCCCACUUUGAAAAACUCUGAUUAGGAGAUGAAGUUCUAAGCGGCUCUAUGCAGCAGGUUUUAGCAGCAGAUUUAGCUCCAGAACAUCUAAUCCAACAAAAAGGGUUUAAAUGGGAUGUUGUGUGAAUGCAGCAGCUCCUCUCCCCUGUGUUCACCAGUGUUAGGAGAAAUUCAAAGACACAUUCAAUGUUAGAGGUUCAUUGUGUCGCGCUCCUUUUUUCAGAGAAGCUGUGCUUCAGAAGAAAAAAAAAGCACAGAAAACUCGUUACUGGUUCACCAGCUUUACACAGAAACAUUCUUCCUCUUCCAUUAAAAUAUCUUCUUUGUGAUGUAGUUAUUCAAUUCGUAAGAGGCUUCUGGGUCGCUGUGCUUUGCUGUUUGCGAAAUGGGACUUUCGGGGUCGAAGAGUGUUUUCUCUGAAGCAACACCACCAUCAAAUGAUGUGAGAAACUUUCAGUGGCUGGAGGUCAGAGUGGAAGAAUUACACUGCUACACUUGAAAUCUCAGAAAACAUUAAGGCCUUGAAAAUGACUCAAGUUGUUCUUUCACAGCAUUUUAUUUGAGAAUUUUUGGAUCGGAAAGUUUUUCCUUUGAAAUUUAUAUUCAAAAUGUCAAACAUGCUAAAAGUCUUUCCAAGGAUCUUUGCAGUUUUUUGUGAAUAAACAUAGACAAACUUAGAUUUUUAAACUCCCAGGUUCAAAAGAUGUGUAAACACUCAAAAAUAAGCUUUUAAUUUCUCUUUUCUACCUUCUUAUUGCACUAAAAGAGGAUUCAGUCUUCAUACAGGACAAAACAAUCAAUUUGAAACAGAACUUUUGUAAUAUUGGAGGGUAAAACACUUUUUCCACCUUGUAAAAUCAGCUUUACUGGUACAUUUUUAAAUAAGAUUAUUUUUCUACUCCCUUAAAGAAGUUCAUUGAGGAUCCUCUUUGAUGGUUGUUGGUUAUGCUCUGCUGACUUGCUGGUUACUCCACUUUUUCUGUCCUAGAACUCACUUUUUUUACGUACAAAUUUGAUCUUCAAGCAGCUUUGAAAUGUCCAUUCAUUGAAACAAAAUCGGAGCAAACCUAAUUUGCAGUUGAAGAUGAACUUAUUAGUCUGCUUAAAUGCUUGUUGACACAAACCUCCGUUUUUUUUUAUUACAUUUAUCACCCAGACACUAGGUGGUGCUAAAGAGAGAAGAGAAGAAUCUACUGAGAUAAAUGUGUUUAAAUGUGAAAAAUUAGAAAAACGUGAGGCUGAUCCAGAUAAAAUUCUGAAAAUAAAUAAAUACAUUUUGGAAAUUAUUUACCCUUUCACAUAAACUUUAACAGUUUUAGAUUUUAUAUCCAAUCUAAAGAGAAAUUAAGUGUGUACAGCAUGAAGCCAAUCAUGUAACCUUCAAAAAUACUCAAAUUUUGGGAUCAGAUUUACCUUUUAAAAUUUACUUUUCAGUCCUGGUUAAAGUUGUUGGCUUUGCUGGUAAAUAUAUGUGAAAAAAACUUAAAAUUAAUUUGUUUUAUAGCAGAUUUUCAGAAAAAGUGAUAUUAUGAAUCACAAACAUGUGAUUCAUAAUUUGAUUUAAGAUAAUCGGUGGAGAUAAUUAUUCAUACUUCUAAAAAUAUUAUUAAAAUUAAGCUUCAUAGUUUAUAUAUGGAACCCUUAAAAUUUGAAUUUAUGACUUCCUGUUCCCAGGAGGUAUAAAUAUGAUGUGACACCAGAGCUAAUUUAUUUUUAACUUUACCUCUUUAAAAUGGGAAAGACAAGCAAACAUGUCAUUCAAAGCAAAUGUAUGUUGAUGUUGAUAAGUCAAACUAUUCUUUUUCAGAUUAUGCAACUUCCAGUAUUUGAUUAAUUUAUUCACAAUCCUUUUAUUUAUGGUUCCAACAAACAUAAUGACCACAUAUAGGCAUAGUUUUUAUUAUUUUUAGCAUCUUGGUUUUGUAUAUUGAACUGUAGAAAUUGGUUCAGUUCUAAAGAAUGCUGGAGUAUUCUCAUAUUGUGAUCUUACACUUUAAAAGUCCACAUUUGUUGCAUUUGCUUUUGUUUUGCUCUCAUCAAAGUUUGCAGAUACAAUCAAUCAAAUCCAGAGUUAGAUAAAGGGACUGAAAAAAGCCAGGCUGCUUUCUGCCACCCUAAUCUCCAAUCAACCCUACAGAGUUUAUUUAGUGACCACUUGACAGCCUUUUCACGGCUCAGCGCCUGUAAAUUCAGCUGUUAUCUGGGCUGUGGUCGUUUGUUUCACCUGCAUAAAAGCAGACGGUAAAUUUGUCAUCCUGAAGGUGAGAUAAAGAGAAACAGAAAUGGAAGACAUUGCCCUGGACUUUAGUAGAACAUUUGUUUUCUGCACAUGACUUUUUAAAGUUUCUUUGCUAUCAAAGCAGAAAUGGGUGAUUAGUUUAACCCGAAUGCAUUAUCUACCACCUGGUUUUCAUUACGUCGCCUGAUGAAUGCAGAUCUUCGUGGAGAUGAGGACAAUCAGAGUAAAAAGGUUUAUUUUAAACUCAAUCAACUCAAAUGUCUGCUGCCAGUUCAAUGUUUUAUGACACAGCUCUCCAUUAUUGUUCUAUUAGGUCUUAUUUUGGAUUCAGAUGUCAGUUUUUGUUGUUGCUUUUUGUGCAGCUUCCAGUAUGAAUUAGUUAAAGUUCUUUCCUUCAGAUGGUGAAACAGGUUUUGUGUUUCUCUUCUGGUGCCUAAAGUGAAAUAGAAUAAAAGUAAAAUAAGCCCUGAAAGAACUGUGCUCAAAACUAUGCAUCCAAAUGGAGUAACACAGGUGUGUGUGUGUGUGGGGGGGUGUUUUUAUAAACUGUCAAUGUGAAGCAGAUGUUGAGUGAGUUUUGGCCUCUUCGCUGUUCAGCAUCUGUUGUAAAUCCAGAGCUUUUCGAGGCGGAGGUGUGAACAUGUUGCAGCAUUCCUGUAGGUUUAUUCCAAGCAGAGAUGCACCGUGUAAUAUGAUGUACAAAUAAACAUUUUAUAGCUGCCUAUUAUGGGUUAUUCCUUUUGUAUGUGACUUUUAAUAAAAAAUAAAUAAAAAAGCCUUUUCCCCAUAAA